CUUUAUCCACAAUGACCUGCAGAACGAGUCCGACUGGAUGCGCUUCUGGGACUAAGUACAAGAUUGUUGCUGGUUCCGGGCAACCCACAGUACCUAGGCCACAUGCCUGGUCUGCCCAACCCUUGCCAAAGCUUUGUGCCUUACCACACCUUUAGCUUGCCCCCGCACUUCCCUCUCCCGCCCUCCGCCGGCCCCGAAAGCGACAUCCCUCUCGACCUGGCCAUCAAACAUUCCAAACCGGCACCCACCUCCAACGGCUCCACCGCCUCUGCCGUUACCGCCAAGGAGAGGAGUAGCGGCGCCGACAAACGGGCCUUGCCCACGGUCCCGGCGGGGAAGGAGGAUGAGAAGCAUAGAGAGCAGCAGGAGAGAAGAGAGGAGAAAGUAGACGAGGGGGCAUCCCCCCAGCCUUCUCCUCCCCCAGAUGUUGCAGCCAAGCCGGAGAGGCUGGACCAGGGCACUCAGGAUGAGCUGACCAGUAAGGAGAGGGUGGACCAGGGCACUCAGGAUGAGCUGACCAGUAAGGAGAGGGUAGACCAGGGCACUCAGGAUGAGCUGACCAGUAAGGAGAGGGUGGACCAGGGCACUCAGGAUGAGCUGACCAGUAAGUGCAUCCACUGUGGCAUCCUCUUCCUGGAUGAGGUUAUGCACGCCCUGCACAUGAGCUGCCAUGCUGACGGAGGACCCUUCCAGUGCAGCAUCUGCCUGCAUGCCUGCGCAGACAAGUACGACUUCACCACACACAUACAGAGAGGGCUUCACCUGCCAACUGUCGAGGCUGAGGCCGAUGCUGAGGCCGAUGCUCCAAAGGAUUCUGUGUGAUUUUGGUGCAUUACAGACUUGGACUUUUAGCACAGGCAUAGCAGUAUGAAAAAGAACAAAAUAAAUGGACAAAAGCGUACUGUAAUGAUUGAAUGAGAAGAAGACUUCUUGCUCAACGUGCCAUGAUAGCUUCUGUAGGGAACUCAUAUCAUCUAAACAUUUAUAUUGGACGUAAUACAGAACAAACGAUUGUCUGUUUCCUUUUUCUUUUUUUGUAAAGGAAAACGCUUUUGAAGAAAAUGGUACUACAAAUAGACGCUUAUUUUUAGUUUUUUUUUAUAUUGUUUCUUUUUUUCUUGGGAAGUGUUACUUUGACAAGGCAGUUCAGCGAACAACAAGGUACAUCUGCACGGGUUGAAUGUUCUCUUACCUGGUUGGUUCAAUGUUCCAAAUGGAAUGAGGAAGUGUGAAUUGAUAUGUAAAAUGGGGAGCUGGGAAACAUCAGUCGUCUGUCAUAAUCUCCUUCACGGUGGAUGGGCAGAGCGAUGACUAGUGAUUGGAUCGUCCUCAAAUAAACGUCCUCAGGGAACGCCCGUGGCUGAGUCAAAAAACAUAUCCUACAGUGGUUUCAGUUGCAUCGGUCUCCACUUAACAUCCAACUAAGUGUCUAUGUUUUAAUGUAUU